GUAUAACAUUCUACAAGUUUCAUCAGUUUUUUUUUUCUUUCUGAUUUCGAAGGCAACAAUGUCGAAUUUAUAUUGUCAAAUUCGGCUCUCUUCGAAUCAGAUCAAAGGCGUUUUGUACAAAAAUUUAAGAUCAUUUAUUACUAUCGAAUGCCAUAGACCUACCAUUCUUAAUAAAAAAGGCGUCGAUAUUCUUCAUAAUCCAUGGUUCAAUAAGGGAACAUCAUUCUCUUUGACCGAAAGAGAUCGUUUAGAUCUUCGUGGACUUCUACCUCCAAACGUUCAGACAGAGCAACAACAGAUUGAACGUUUUAAGACAGACCUGGAGAAGAUUGAGAUGAACUACAUGGAUGGACCUUCGGACACAGUCACUUUGGCCAAGUGGCGUAUACUAAAUAGGCUACACGACAGAAACGAAACAAUGUACUAUAAGAUUCUUACGAAACAAAUCAAGGAAUUUGCCCCUAUAGUGUACACUCCAACAGUAGGACUUGUUUGCCAAAAAUACAGUGGAUUAUUUAGACGACCAAGGGGGAUGUAUUUCAGUGCUGCUGAUCGCGGAGAAAUGAUGGCAAUGGUUUAUAAUUGGCCCGCUGAUCAGGUUGAUAUGAUUGUUGUUACCGACGGAAGCAGAAUCAUGGGUCUUGGUGAUCUAGGAGUUCAGGGGAUCGGCAUUGCAAUAGGGAAGUUAGAUUUAUAUGUUGCGGCAGCAGGAAUAAAUCCUCAGAGAGUACUUCCUAUUAUGAUUGAUGUCGGAACCAACAAUGAAACCCUUCUUACAGACCCACUUUAUCUAGGACUGCAAGAAAACCGUCUUGAAGGUGAUGAGUACAUUUCCAUUAUCGAUGAGCUUAUGGAGGCUUUGUUCAAUCGUUGGCCCCAUGUGAUCGUGCAGUUUGAAGACUUUCAACAUAAAUGGGCCUCAAUGUUAUUGGAACGCUACAGAAAUACCUAUAGAAUGUUCAAUGAUGAUGUCCAGGGAACAGCGGGAGUUGCAGUUGCUGGUCUUCUUGGAGCUGUAAGAGCACAAGAAAAGAUGAUGAUUGACUUCCCAAAGCAGAAUAUCGUUGUUGCCGGUGCUGGAAGUGCAGGAGUUGGAGUUCUGAAGGCAGCCAGAAGAACUAUGGCAAGAAUAUUAGGAAAUAAUAAACACGCUUUUCAGAGUGCACGGCAUCAGUUUUGGGUAGUUGACGUCAAUGGCCUGAUCACAGAGGAUCGUGAAAGUAUCGAUGAUGAUGUCAAGCCAUUUGCAAAGAAAGUCAGUGACAUUAGGUGUUGGAGGUUGAGGGAAGGAGCAAGUCUUAGAGAAGUGGUGCAGGAGGUGAAACCUGAUGUACUCCUUGGGUUAUCUGCAGUCGGUGGCUUGUUCUCUAAAGAGAUAUUGGAAGCUUUUAGAGGUUCAACUUCAACCAGACCAACAAUAUUUGCAUUGUCAAAUCCCACAACCAAUGCUGAAUGUACACCCGAAGAAGCGUUUUCUAUUGUGGGCAAAAACAUAAUUUACGCAAGUGGAAGCCUAUUUAAGGAUGUGGAUCUUGGAAACGGAGAGAUUGGCUACUGCAAUCAGGGAAAUAAUAUGUAUCUUUUUCCUGGCAUUGGUCUCGGUACUCUUUUGUCUGGUUCUAGGAUAAUCUCAGAUGGCAUGUUGCAGGCUGCAGCCGAGUGCCUAGCUGAAUACAUGAGCGAAGAUGAGGUUGUGAAAGGCAUAAUAUUCCCUCCAUUAUCAAGCAUACGUGAUAUAACCAAAAAGGUAGCCGUUGCUGUCAUUAGUGAAGCUAUAAAAGAGGAUCUAGCAGAAGGAUAUCGUGAAAUGAACUCUCGUGAUCUCAAGAGGCUAAAUAAGGAGGAAAUCCUUUUACAUGUGGAGAACAAUAUGUGGAAGCCUGAUUACCCAACAUUAAUAUACAAGAAUGAUUAAAUUCUCCAUGCAUCCACGAUACAAUGAAUACACAAUACAUAGAAAUGAACCCAUUAAUCGAUGGUGUUCCAUGCUGAUCUUCACUAAAGCAACCUCAGUCAUCUUUCCUUGGCAAUAGGCAUGGAUACAAAUUGCUACAAACACACAAUAUUCAAGACAACAGGGAUGGUCUUUUUAUUGUGGCUGCUAAUGCCAUUUACAAUAUUCAAUUGUGUUUAAAGUGAUGGUAAAGUUCAACAAUGACUUCAAUAUUGAAAUGAAUUACGAGUACAACUUUUAUUUAUUUGUACCUAUGGUUCAUUAGUCAUCACAUAUCAUGAAGGCACUAUA